GGAUAACUCAAUCUCAGCGAACUCAUCAGACAGGUCGGCGAAAAUUAAAAUUGGCAUACCUCCAAGAGACUUGAUAUAAUAGUCACACAGAACCUAUCUCUAUCAUCAUCAUUAUCAUCAUGAAGUGAUAAUUACACAAUAUAGAAAUGGGCAACUUAUUGAGCGGAGGAGCUAAUCUGAACGCUGGAUCAGUACUUGACAGGGUGAUAUCACAAGGGAGUACGGAAGAUGAGUGUCUACUGUACAGGUUGGCCAACUACAGGAAUGGUGGCGAGCUUAUCGACGCAUACAACGUGGGAGGCCAGACUGAGGUCGAGAAACUCAUAAAAGAGCAAUUUGGUGUGCUCAUGUACAAAGAUGGUAAAGGACAAGUGAUCAACCGGUCAGAAUACUUGAGAUGGAAAUUUCGUGAUACGAAACAGGUGAGACUUCCAAUUGAAGCCUCUCUGAGUCCCCAUGAUCCUCUGGCAAAGUGGGAGGAUCACGAUGCCUGUUGGCAGAUGCAGUACAGGGGCUCAUUGGGUGAAACGCUCCUUCAUGUUCUCAUCAUUUGUGACACCAAACUUCACACUCGAUUGGCUAGAACUCUGCUCAAGUGCUUCCCAAACUUGGCGAUGGAUGUUGUUGAAGGAGAAGAGUAUUUAGGAGCCAGUGCUCUUCAUCUGGCCAUAGCAUACUUCAACAAUGAACUUGUCCAGGAACUAGUGGAAGCAGGUGCCAAUGUCAUGCAAAGAGCUAUAGGCAAGUUCUUAUUUUAA